CGUUCACACUGAGGAAUCCGGCGUCUACAGCGAAUGGAAUUCUCCUGCCGCCGAAAAUCGCGUAGUUCACACUGCUUGCGGACCGCGCCGCCGGAAAGACUUACAGCGCCAUCUGCCCCAUAAAGUGCUAACCUCCAAUCAAGCGCGGGAUAUCCCGGAUGUUCGCGCGGCUCGAAAUUGCGCAGUUGUCUCCGCUCGCGUCGAGUUCGUGUGUUUAUGUUGCGCGUCUCCACCAUUACUUGGAAAGACAAUGAUGAACCCCGAGCAAGAAGAGGCAGUACUGCUCGGCCUGUUGGCAAGCACCUUUCUGGCGAUGCAUGACGCGCAGAAGCAUUCGCCGAAGAUACGGCGGCAGCGGCGUUGGUGGGUUCGCCCAGCUCUGCAAGAGCGCAGACAGCUUGGUCACGCCACGCAACUGCUACCCCUCCUGCGAAAUCGCGACGUGGAGUACUACAGAGAGUACCUAGGAUGCCUCCACGUACUUUCGACACGCUCGUGCAGCUCGUCGGACCACACAUUCGGAAGAAAGAUACGAAUUUCCGAAAAGCAAUCAGUCCGGAGCACCGGCUUGCGCAAACUGUCAGAUUCUUGGCUGCAGGGGAAACGCUCCGCUCAUCUUGUUUUAGCUUCCUAAACGGAUGCUCGACAGCCUGUGGCAUUGUGUCGUCGGUGUGCCAGGUGCUGUGGGACGUCCUUGGCCCUUUGUACGUUGCCUGUCCAUCAAGUGCAGAUGAGUGGCUGCGGAUUGCAAGUGAUUUCGAGGAGCGGUGGAACAUGCCCCACUGCGUGGGCGCAAUUGAUGGAAAACAUGUUGCCAUCGAAUGUCCUUCCAAAUCAGGAAGUGAGGACCGGAACUACAAAAACUUUUUCAGUAAAUCUCUGCUUGCCAUCAGCGACGCCUGCUACAGAUUUCUGUACGUAGAAAUAGGUCACCAUGGCAGCGACUCAGAUGGUGGUGUGUUCAGCCGAAGUAGGCUACAAGAGGCCAUUCUUUCCAACAAGCAAGGAUUCCUCCAUGAUGCACCAUUGGGCAACGUUGGCAACAUUCCCUUCUACCUGAUGGGAGAUGAAGCGUUUCCCCUUAAGACAUACAUGAUGCGGCCGUAUCCCAGGAAAAGGAAGUUUAACCUUUUCAUUACUUUGCAUGCUCGGCAGCAUUGUUUUAAUUAUACGUACCUAAAGCUGUUUAUUUUCCUAAUUCACAGAAGAAUGAACAGCUCAGAACACAUUGUGAUUGCAUUGCCCAUCAAACACCUGAGUGAAUAUGUUCACCGACAGUGCUUAUUGAAUGUCUUCACCCAUUUUUGCCUGCUAGCACAGAGGAGCAGCCAUUAGAAGGUGAUUCUUCAUCAAGCCACUUUGUCGAGACCCACAAAAAAAGGAUCUUCAACUACCGUCUCAGCAGAGCCCGUUGGGUCAUAGAGAAUGCCUUUGGCAUAAUGGCACAGAGGUGGCGCAUCCUGCGCCGCCCGUUCAAAGCUUAGGACGAGAAUGUGAGAAGGAUUAUCUCUGCUUGUGUAGUCCUGUACAACUUCCUGCUCAAGGAGUCCCCCACUUCCCGAUCUGCAUACUGCCCUCCUGGAACAGCUGACUAUGUAGACUGGCAGGGAAACAUCAGUGAAGGGAGCUGGAGGGCCGAGGACAGCAGCAACAAUGCACUGCCACCUCUGCGUAGCACAGGCUGUCACUCAACCAGAGCUGCCUACAAAAUGCGGGACGACCUUGCCAAGUACUUCGUCACUGAUGGCCAGAUCCCUUGGCAAGAGUCCAUGAUCAUGGACAGAACACUGUACAGUGGUGUCACGCAACGUGGCGACGAUCCUGCUCCGGAAAGCUCGUCCAGGGAACUUGCAUCGUAAAUGGGAUCCUCCAGCUGUUGCUCGACGACCUCCGUGCUGCCUUCCGUGCUGCCUUCCGUGCUUGUGCUUUGGCGAAGUGCAACUGGUGUUCUGUGUUAUGUGUCAUUCACCAAAAAAAAAAAAGCACACGAUACACUUUUGAGCUUGAAAUAUUCCUCACAGCUUUGUAGAAUAUUGUUUUCAUGAAAUGAACAUGGACAGUAGUUGCUUUAUUAAAGCAACGCAAAAUUAUGUAAGGCAACUUGAGAAAUGAGAUCUUUCAGUGGAAUUUUCCAAAUGUGUGCCAUGCAGUGAUGAAAAUACCUACUGAAGCCACAAUACAUUGAACUCAGUGCAAUUUCAGUGAAGUUAUUUGGUUCUGUUGACAUACGAGUCCAUUUACCUUUCAGGAGGGAAGAUGAGCUGAGCUCGUGGAGCGCAUAAUUGUAAAGGAAGAUAAAUCGCGAGACUAGCUCGUAAAGUGCUUCUUUGUUAUCCGUGCAGAUUUGCAGACUAUUUGAGCUCCUGCAAUGGUCUGCGCUUCUCCCAGAAGGUAUGCAUGCGUUUUAUGCUUGUAUGUAACGGCACAUAUUGUGAGGACCUGCUGAAGAGUAAUGUUCACAGUGCAGACUCCAUUUUGUUGCUUUCCGUCUCCAUGAAAAUGGGAUCUUGUGUGCUACAAGUGCGCGCUUCAAGUCACGAUGAGAAGGAAAUAAAAUGUGUGGAAUGUUUGAGUUCAGCCUCUUCUAGCCAGCGAGAUUGAAUUGGCCUUGGACAACAAAGUUUGCCGUGUUAAACUUUAAAAAAUUAUCCUUUUAGAUUAGCCUACACCUUGCUAACAAACCUUUUGUGCUGAAAUGUAAAUGUGUUGUUAGACAUCGUCCUCUUCAGCUGCAGGCGAUUUUGAACUGGCAUCAGACAACACGGGUGUGCAGUAAAAUCCCCUUUCAGUUGAGUGGAUAAUAUUUCAUGUUUAAGUAAGCUAAACCGUUCUGACGAAAAGUUCCUGCACAUCGUUGCUUUUUAUGACCACUAAAAUUGUUUGCCCGGAUAGAAAAAAUUCGGGCUUCAUUGCAAGCUUUCUCUAUUUCUUUUGUCCAAGUGCUGUGAGAGUUGCCUUCCAACUGACCCUUCACGGCUCGGGAAAUCAAUGUUUGUGCAGAUGCUGAAAAAAUAAAAAAACAUGAUACUUAUGUUUGCCACGCCAUAGGUUACGCAAGUCAUUUCAUAGCCAACUUCGAAAAUAUGCUACUGUUAUUAUUCAUCAAGCAAAAAUCAUCUAGUAGUACUUCGCUAUUCAUUAGUGAUUGUUCCUGCACGUGUAGUUCAUCAGAGCAGUUACUCGUUAAGUGUUAUGUUUAUAUUAUGCAAAAGUGAGGAUGUGGCCAACAUAUCAAUACUUAAGAAAUAUUUAGCUUUGCCAUCGCAUCAUGCGUGUGUGUUGCUCUGAGUGUAACUGCAUGACUAUUGACACAUGUUCACAUCGCCACUUAUAUAAAGGUUAUUCAUCAAUCUUUGCACAGUUAUUUACAAUUCUUCCCUUUACAUGGUCACAGUGUUUAUUCUCUGUGCACACUGCGCCAUCACUUGUGUACUACUGUUGUACCUUGAUGCCAAGCCAUUCAUUUCCCUCCGUUGCAGUGCAUUCAAUGUACAUUUUGCUUGCAAAUUAGUUGACCAACUGUGUGUAUGUAAAAUAAAAAGCAUUUUGUGUCUAUAGGAUGUAUGCAUGUGUUUUUCCUUUGUAAUUAUUUUCUUCAUAUCCUGCUUGUAAUUGACUGAGAUUGAAGUAAUAAAAGUAGACCAAAAAAGUCA